AUGGCGACAGACGAUGAUCUUCGUGGAACACCACCGUUUAAUUGCAAAGUAGAGAGCACGAGCGUUGGAACACGAUGGCGACGUUGGAAGAAAGUUUUUCAAUUUUACGCCGAUGAUCGAGGAGUCCCGGGAGCUGUUCGUAAGAAGGCGUUACUAUUGCAAUGUGUGGGCAUGCAUGUUGAAGAAGUGUUUGAAACUCUGAUCCAUCCUGGUGCACCCAAAGGCAAACAUGACAACGAGUUCCAAGCUGCGCUGCGAACAUUUGAUGCAUAUUUCACACCACAGGUAAACAUACCGUACGAGCAUCACACCUUUCGCCAGAUGAAACCGGAGGAAAACGAGACUGCCGAUCAAUUCGUAGUACGGCUCGGCAAUCCGGCUGUGAAUUGUGAGUUUGGAGAUUCGAAGAAUGAGCGAACACGGGAUCAAAUUAUCGAUCAAUGAAAGUCUACGAAGCUUCGGCGAAAACUCCUGGCAAAAGGCCAAUAUUUAAAUCUGGCUGAAACACGAAGGAUUGCACGAUCCCUGGAACUUUCAUAGGCACAAGCAAAGCAAAUUGAGGGCGGAGACGAAAUAAGAGCAGAAAAGUAAUUCAAAGGAGAAAAAAACGUCGUGGAUUAACUAUAUGGAACAUAGUACGGAAAGUGA